GUGUAUGAUCGAGUCGGUAAGACAGAGCCCAUAAGACCAUAAGGCGUGUAAAUUAGUUACGUCUGCUGCGACAAGAAACGGAAUAAUAAUAACGGACUUCGUGGCCGGAAGGACGAGGAAACGAGAGAAGAAACAGUAGGAGGGGAGGGUGUAUUCUUAUUUGCGAAGCAUAUCUACUCAACAACGUAGGCAACCACUGCGGCGUGAUAGAAGAACAGAGAAGAAGUGACAUAGCCGUAAUACGACAUAGGACAGAACAGAUGAGGAUUACGAAUAAGGAUAGAGAGAACGAUAAUAUGAAAGAGAGAGAGAGAACGAGAGAAGGAGCGAGUUAGAGAAAACGAGAACGAAGAAAGGAAAGAACGAUCUGUUUGGACGAGGGAAGGGAGUGGAAGAGAGAGAAGAUUUCUGGGCACGCGCACUCCACCUGCUAGCGUGUAGUGGCACGCGCCAUAUCCACCCCCUCCGCUGCCGUGGACGCUCCGUCCCCCUCCGCCAGCGUCGCUUCCCGCCUCACACCGCAGUCUCUCUUUGGCGUUACCUCCUGCUUCUACCGCGGCCGUCGCCGCCACCGCCACCGCCACCGCCACCGAUUCUUCCCACCUCCCUCCUCCCUCUUCUGCGACCCCCCACCCCUCGUCCGACUACCCGACAUACCCGCUCGAUCUCUCCUCGCUCCGUGCUACCUCUCUUCUCCUCCCGCGGGAAUCCCCUCCCGUGCUCCCCUCGCGCGUGCCACGGUUCCGAGACCGGGACGCGCGGGAGUCAAUCGCUCGCGGACUUCGAUAGGACGAACACCAUAGGUCCUUGCUCUUCCUCCUCUCUUGUACACUUUUCUGUCCGAGCGCGUUCUUCGCGCCUCGUGCUGCGGUCUCGUGUGCUUUUCGUGUUUCGUUCUAUUAAUUUUCGCUUCUUCUCGUUAUUUCUUUUUUUUCAUUUCGUUUCUUUUGUUUCUUCUAUUCCUUAGAAAAAAAAAAGUUUCUUUUCAAUUGGAUAGUUAAAAUUGGAAAGUUUUGGAACACGUAUAGUAUAUAGUAAACUGCCGCUUGUGUAAAAUUAUUCAUAGUGGCGUAAAAAAAGAAAAGAAAGAAAAGAGGCAAGGACAUAAUAAAAAAAAAAAUUCACAACAUUUUUGAUGAAAAACGGCGCGUGGCCGUCGUCGUGAAGCGCGAGUAUUUUCGAGUAGAUAAAAAAAGUCUGGUGAAAGUUCGCGGUGAAUUUUCACGAUCGCUUCAUUACGACGGCGUGAUUGUAACUCAGUGACAGAGGCAAGAAAAAGGCGAGCCGUCUGCGAAGAAGAGCUGCUGGCCGAUGUUCGCGUAUGAAAAAAUCCGGUCGUCCUCUUUCACCUCUUCCUCCUCUUCUUUCCGGCGUUCGUCCGCUGGCAGGGGGGCAACGACGUUCCGGUCGAUCGGUGCAUUGUAAACAAAAAGAACAAAGGGUCAACGGUGACACCAACGACGACGAAGACGACGACGACGACGACGACGACGACGACGAGGAAGACGAGGAACGAGGACGGCGAGAACGACGGGGAGAAGAAGAACGUGGGAAGGGAAGAAUGUAAGAAGGAGGAAGGAAAGCGAACGAGAAAAAUAAAGAGUGGGGGAUUGACGCGUGCUACUACCGUCGUUACUUCCAUCGCAACAAAAAUAGUUCAGUCUUCGCGGUGGAGAAGAGACAGACAGCCAAUGAAACGAGAAGGGAGAUAGUAGCGCCAGAGAAAGAGGAGGAAUAUCGAGUUAUCGUAAUAUAUACAUGCACACGUGUGACUUCGCUGGUUACCAGCGCGAGGAGCUACGUAUUAUACGAGCAGCUGUAGUUAAGUGCAACUUUCGUGUGCUGGUGACGCAUUCGAUAGUACAGACGAGCAAGAGAAGAAGGGUACUUUCGAGAUAAACACGAAACGAGAACGAUCGAGAUUCGUCACGAGCCAAAAUAAAACGGAGAUAAAUUUGAGGCCUGAAUCGAGUGAAGCGAACGAAACGAAAGAAAGAAAGAAAGAAAGAAAGAAAAAAAAAAGAAUUAUUUUGAAUGAAUAGAAUCUGAUUUUCUUUUUUGUAGUGUUAAUAGUGAAAGAGUGUUGCGUAUGCAAUCAGCUGUUCGAAACUGCAACUUAACUAUCCUCGAUUUCGCUCGAUCGGUUGUAUCAUUCCGAUGUGAAUUUUUGACACGAUAUUAAUCGAUAUCUAAUCGACUAGACUCGAUUAUGAUGGACUAUGCUUCUUAUAUUCGUGUUUCAAGUCGACAUUCUCGCACGCGCUAACCACCUGUUGACGAUUUACGAGGGAAAAUCGAUGUGGUCUAUUUUGACAUAAUUUCACUAUCGUACCAUUAUUGAAAAUAAAGUGCUGCAGAGUGCUUGAUUCUCAUUAUUUAUUCAAGAAUUUAUUCAGAAAACAGAUAAUUCAAUAUCACCUAUGUGACAUUGCAUAAAAAAUCAUUUAAUAUCCUCUCUUCGUAUCGGUCGAUGUGUUAGUAACUACAAGAACCAAGAGACACGAGCAAAUUGCAGGGAUCGUUGUUACCAUGUGUUCAAUAACAUUUCGCGGGAACAGUGUGGAAUCGCACGUCGCACGGACGUGUAUCAUAUCGGUGGAAGAUCAUUAAGUGUGCAAGAAUUCGUGGAAAUUUCAAGAGUAUUUUUAUUGAAAGAAGUCAAAUAUGCGACUAGUGAAACUUUCGUCGUUGGCGAUGCCGUGCGCCGAGUGUUUUUCGGAGUGAAUGUUAUCGAAACGUUGUUACUAUACGUCUUAUCUGUCGCUCGCAUCGUCGGAGUGACAGAGAAAAAAGAAAAAAGAGACUCAACAGAGUUCGGAGGUCACGGAACCGUUGGACGAUAUGCGGCACGCAAACUCAUUUCGACGAGCUGAGAAUUUCGGCCCGCGGAUUCAAGCGGCGCGCUCGCGUCGUCCAAACGCCAAUAGCAGCGUAAAACAGUGGUGAUAUGCUGGUCGAGGGACACGGGAGCGUCGAUUCUAUUCCCGGCGUCUUUUUCUCGCCGGUUGCAUGACGUUCGACUGGCGGCGAGAACAGAGAGUAUUAUACACCGUACGCGGCGAAGUUCUCGAGUGCACGCGAACGCUAACCUCGGCUUCUAGUGUGAUAACUAGUCAAAGUGAUCGGAAGGGCAUUAAGUUUAUUAUACGGGCAUCGGAUUGGUUAUAUUGUGUACAAUAAAGAUAACAUAGUAAAAAAAAAAAAAAAGAGAGGCUUCAUUAUAAAGUGUUUAAGUUGUACAGUAGAAGAAAAAAAGUCAAGGAUAUAUCGUGUAUCCUUUUUAAAUAAAAAACACGAUUAAUAACGAAAUAAUGAUAACGACGAUUGGACCAUUAUCACUUGACUAGAAAUCCGUGUCGCGAUGAUUGAUUUUUCCCAUCAUUGCGGAAAAAACUAUCUCAAAUAAAUAAGUAAUUUUUCUUGUUAUUUAUUGUGUAUGCAUCGUUACGAGACUUGGAUCCUCGAUUUAUUUACGCACGAAAGAAAGUUAUCAUCGGUGGUGGCGUAUCGGUGGUGGUUCGAGCAUCUCUGGAAAAGCACGGAAGACACGACGAAAGCGAAAGUACGACGAUUGCGUUGGCGCGAAAAUUUCCAGAAAAUGACCUUUAAAUUCUGCUCGAGAGAAUCUUGAACGACUCGAUUGGGAAAAAGAAAGAUGGAUCUGUAACAGCGACCUGUCAAAACUGUAUUAUCGUCGUAUGAGAGAAAAUAUUCGCGGAUCAACAGUGUAUUAGUGCAGAUAUUCUAGCAACGAGAAGAAGCCAUCGGAGGAGGGGCAUGGUGGGACCCCACCAACCAGGGCCACAGGCCCGGGUGGCCCCCCUGUAACGAGGAAAUCUCUCGCUAUCGUGCCGCUCGUGCUCCAUUAUAUUGCCUGGAAUGAUGCAGCAAAAAUUCGUGAAGAGGACGGCCGAGGAGUUGGAGCCAGCCGGCGGCGGUAGCGGAGACGGUGGCUUCGGCGAGCCCCCCGUGAAGCUGCAAUGCACGCAGGCGCAGCAUCAGCACCAGCAGGGGCCGGGGGCCGGCGGCGGGGGCGGGCCCGGGCACCACGGGCACGGCCAGCACCCGGCCGGGAACGGGGCGAGCGCGACGGGGCCCGCGCACGGCGCGGGCGGGGGCGGCGGGGGCGGCGCCGGUAACGAGGGAUUGACCAAGUUCUCGGUGGAGAUCGUGCAGCAGCUCGAGUUCACCACGUCGGCGGCCAACUCGCAGGCCCAGCAGAUCUCCACGAACGUGACGGUGAAGGCGCUGACGAACGCCUCGGUGAAGAGCGACCUGCUCAACGCGUCCUCGUCCCCCAAGUCGGGGCCGGACACCGGCCCCGCCCCGCCCGGCCCGCGCCCCGGCGGCGGCCCGCCCGGCAACCCAGGCGCCGGGACGGGGCCCGGCCCGGGCGCCGCCGGCGGCGGCCCCGCCGCCCCCGGCGGCAUCGGCUGCGUCGACAUAGGCAACCUGGUGGAGUGCAAGCAGGAGCCCGACAACGAGUUCGUCGAUCUGGAGCAGUGCGCCGCCGCCCUGGAGAAGGACGCCGCGGCGAACGGAGCGGGUUUCCCCGGCUUCUCCGACUUCAUGGGCGACGACACCGGCGACGAGAUCAUCACCUCGGACGCGUUCAAGGACCUCAUCUCCGAGAUAUCCGACCUUCACCCCGAGUUCAUGAAGGACUUCGACUUCGAGGAGAAGAUCCCCGUGGAGGCGUUGGCGGCGAGCAACGCGGCCGCGGCGGCGGCCGCGGCGGCCGCGGCCGCCGUCGCCAACACGAACGGCAGCAACGGAGGGGGCGGCGCGAACAACGGGCUAGGGACGAACAACGGGCAGAUCAAGAUCGAGGACGACAAGGACGGUGGAUUGCACCAGCAGCAACAGCAGCAGCAAGCUCAGCAGCAGCAGCAGCAAGCUCACGGGAGCGUGAACAACGGGAACGGCGUGGUGAACAACGGGCAGACGGGGGCCACGAACAACGGGACGGGGAGCGUGGCCGCGAAUUCGAGCCCGGGCGCCCUCGCCUCCGCCCAGUACUCGCCCGCCAGGCUGCCGUACUCCGGCCUCGACUUCAAGUCGGAGAUGAGCCCCGCCGCGCAGACGUUGAAGCAGAUGGCCGAGCAGCACCAGCACAAGAGCCAGCAGCUGGGCCUGGGCGGCUUCAACCCGGGGGCGGCGGCCGCGGCCGCAGCGGCCAGGGGGCCCGCCGCGCGCUCCCCUUACGCCGAGUUCCCCCAAUUCGGCGGCACGUCGGACUACCUGGGCAGCCCUGGGAGCGGCGCCGGGCCCGGGGCGGGCGCGCAGGGCCAGGGGGCGGCCGGGGCCGGGUCGUAUCACAAGAACAACGGGGCGGCCGGGUUCCAGGGGCAGCAGGCGGGCGACAUGUUCGUGGGAUCCCAGACCCAGUUCGCCGCCGGUCUUGCGGACAUGAAGAGAGCGCAGCCGAGCAGCGGCGGGAAGCCGAGCAUGCUCGGGCCGAGCGCUGGUUACAAGCAGCAGUAUUCGCCGUACGGCAGCCCGGGAUCGAUGCCGAAUCACGGCAGCCCUGGCUACCCGCUUCCGCCCAGGGGAUCCCAGGCCGGCGGACCCAAUCAGACGGGAUCCCAGGGAUCCUUCACCAGCUCCACGCCGCCGAGGCCUCCCUCCGGACCCGGCACCUCCACUUUGCAGAUCAACCAGGCGCAGCAGUUACACAUUAACAAUCCCGGCCAUCAGAUUCAGGUGUCCGCGGGUCAGCACAUGCAGCUAACAGGCGACCUGAAACCGGGGGUAUCGGUGGCGGCCCAGCAAGGCAUGUACUUCAGCCAGCAGCAAACGCAGAAUCAGUCGGCCGGUCAAACGGACACGUACUGCUCGGUAUCGCAGUCCCAGACCAUCAACUUCACCCAGCAGAGCCUGAGACAGAGGGCCGCGGCCGCGGCAGCGGGCGGCGUCCCCCAACCCGCCGGCGCUGCGCCGGCACGCAGCCAUCCCCAGCAAGUGCAGCCGAACCAGGUGGAUCAACAUCAACACGCGAAAAUUCUUCAACAACAGCAGCUGAUGCGCGCCCAGCAGGUGAUGCAACAACAACAACACAUGGCCGGAGGAAUGGGUGGCGUGAGACCGCCACCACCCGAAUACAAAGCGGCUCAGGCCCAAAUGAUGCACGCUGGUAUCGGUAUGGCUCAACAGGCCAGGUUUCCCAAUACCGGGCCUAUGCGCAGGGUUACGCAACAACCCAUGCCACCUUCAGGUCCGAUGAUGAGGCCGCAAAUGGCGCAGCAACAACAACAGGCGUUGCACGCCGCCGGUGGCAAUAUGUACAUGGGCGGUGGUAGUAUGGCCGCGAUCGGCGGCAUGCAUCAAAUGCAUCAGCGUCUUGGAUAUCCUAGGACCAACAAUCAACGGCCGCCUAACGUCAGCGUUGGCCCGCCAGAUGGCCUUGGUAAUAGCAUCGCUGGCCGUGGCGCGCAGCAGGAGUGGCGACACGUUCUCAUGCAGCAGCAGGGCUUUCAGGCGCAGAUGCGAUCGCAAUUUAAUCAGCAAGGUCACCAAGGUGGAUUCGGUAUGGGUGGCACGGGUGGCAUGCAGAUGAACGCCGCACAAAUGCAGCAUCAACAGUUGAUCCGCUCGCAGAGCGGGGGUAUAGCGGGCUCCGGUAUGGGCAACAGCACUCAGAUGCAGCAGCUACUGUCGCAGCAACACCAGCAGCAGACAUUGGCCAUGCAGCAGAGUAAUAAUCAGAUGUCACUGCAGAUGCAAAUGUCGCAGUCCUCGUCGGUCAACUCUGUCAGCAGUACUGGAACUGGUUCCCCCCUACACCCGCAUCAACAAUACGGCGCUGGCAGUCCAGGAGUGCGCAGUUUGCCACAACAGCAACAGCAGCACGCGCAACCGCCAGUCACCACCACCACGGAUCCAUCCGUAACCGCGGCGGACUUUAGCCUCGAAUUUCUAGAGAAUCUUCCGGCCGGAGACACGUCGAACUUCAGCGCUCAGGAACUGCUGAAUUCCCUUGACUCCACGGGGGGCUUCAACCUCGAUAUUCUGUAAGACCACGCCUAUCGCGGUCUAUUCGGAAAAUCGGAUUUUUUAUUCACUCAAAGACCGGUUUAAAAAACGUAUAAAAAGAAAAAAAGAAAAAAAAAAAAAAAGUGAAAAUGAAACGAUAAGGAUAAACUCACGUUCACGCUUUAGGAUCGAUCACCCCCCCCUUGAAAAACAGAUACAACGUCCAUAAACAGAUAACUCGCCUCGUGUCAGUGCAGCUAGAUAAUCUUCGUCGCAUGCUGUGCCGAUGAUUUAUUCGAUUAACAGUUCCUCGAGAUCGAUGAAUAACGAUGGGACGUAAUCGUCGCGUUGAAAAGGAAAAAGAAAUAAUAAUUAGUAGAGGUUAAGCAAACUCGCCGAUUCGUGGAAUCUGAUCGUGUCAUUUCUUACUUUCUACGGUAAGAAAGGAAUUAUAAGAGAGCGCGGUGAAUGGACUAUAAAUUAGUCGAAAGUAAACCAAAUGAAGUGAAGGGGCAACGAGAAUAAAAUUAUUGAUUUCCGUGUUGUUGUUGUUGUGACUCGAGAAGCGCUCGAAUCGCGACGAUCACGUUUCCCUGAGACGCGCGUCCUAAUGAUCCGUUCAUCGAUUCAAUAUAACUUCAAACGUACGGGGUGAUUUGAUCUUGUCGAACCGGAGAAAAAUGUCAAAAUCUCGCGUAUACGAUAUGUGUACUACAGUACGUGAUACUAUACGUACGUAUGGUAAAUUCCUCGGGUUGUUCGGUAUAUAGAUGCUUAAGGAUGCGCGAGUUUAAAAAUUCGUUCGUCAGAUGGCGUCCGGUUCGACGUCGCGUGCAUGGAAACCGGUCAUAGUGUAUUUUCGGCAGCUAACCUUCUGGCUGGCGACUAUUCUUCUAGGCAAUCAUCUUUUAGUAAAAUUUUAUUUCUUAAAUAAUAAAACGCGAAGAAGCAACAGAGACAAGAGGUAAAUAGAGCAAGAUAAAACCAGUGGACGGUCGACAGCGUGGGAAAUCAAGAGGGAUCCGUAAUAUUCGUUUCGUUGCUCCGCGAACGUUUUAUAUUAUAUAUACGCAAUAACACAUUUUUAGUCGCCGUGUAUUCGAUCAUUCGUAUCCUUUUUUUUUUUAUUUCGUUCCUCACCGUAUUUUCUUUUAAUUGAAACGAUCGCUCCAGAAUGAGGAUCGAUUGAUCUUUCUCUCUCGAGUGCACGCGUCGACGACAUUACAUACACACGAUGACUUCGACGCGCACUCCACGCGAAACGACCAAUGAUAAAAGUAAAAUUUUUUUUUCUCUUGAUUUUUCAUGUAACGAUUCGCGAUUCGAGAAUUGUCAACAGUUGAACAGACGGGAAAAGAAAUCACUCUGUUAAUCGUCUCUAUUCACGAUCGAUCAUUUUGUAAUUUUUAGUUGACAAACCUAACCUAACUUAACCAAUAAUUAGUUCCAUCCUUAUGGAUUAACGAUUGAAAAGACAUUUUGGCCGCUGGUUUUCUCGAGCAAAUCGGCAUUCGACCGUCGCUGAAAUUUCAAUUUACAGUUAAUUACAUUAUUACGGUAAUGAUAAUUGCUAGAGCUAGUAGCGUAUUUAAACGAACGAUGCCGCGAAUGACGUCGCGUAUAUUCUACAAUUAACAGAAAGUCAAUUAUGAGAUAUAUUAUUCGAUUAUUCACGAUGAAAUUCAUCGUUGCCUGCGACGACGGGCUUUAAUGUUUCGGUCCGAUCGAUCGGUCCACGUCUCGCAGGGUUCGCAUCGCGUUUGAUAAUGAGAAGAGAAAGAGAAGAAAGGAGCGAGUUAGAAUGGAAGAGAAAGAGAGAGUGAAGAAAUCUUUCCUAAGAACGCAGUGUUAGUGUUGCUACAGAUUAAAUUACAAUCUUGACUGUACAUAUAUAUAAACAUAUACAGCCACGUAAACGCAACAUAUACACGUACACACAUACAUACACAGAAUACAUGUAAGAGUUAGAAGAAAAUUCAGGACGAUAAGUUCGCAAACUUUAGCCGAUUAAAAUAUAAGAGCCCUACGAUAUAGGUGAAUAUUAUAUAUAUAUAUAUGAAUAUAAACAAAAUAUAAUGAGAUAAUAGUAAUUGAUGAUGAUGGUAUGCGAGUUGAGAGCGAAUGAGGGGGAGAGAAAGAAAGAAGGAUAAAAAGUUAGAAAAAGAUAGUUUGAAAGAAAGGAAUGAAUAUUAGUGAUGAAAUGAGAAAAAGUGAGACGAGUGAAUCAAAGAGGAAGAAUGAGAUUGUCAUGUGAAUAGUGUAUAUGUGUUCGCGCGGCGAUAAAGCACAUUUCCUCAAUUCGAGCAUAUUUAUUGAGUUUUUUAGUUCCAUAGAAUGUGCUGUGUCGCCGAAUAUUCAAGUUGCACAUGAAAUAAUCACGGUCAGCUACGACCACCGUUCUUGGUACGAUGAACCGACGAUGCUCUCUUCGCGAAUUUCCUUUUUCGACUCACGUCUCUGCGCAUACGGAGAAUUUAUCCACACAGAUUAAUACGAUAUGAUUAAUAUUUAUCGCUCGAUAUAAUUUUAUUAUUAUUUUUUUUUUUAAUCGAAAUUCUUACGAAAAUUAAUCGAGAAAAAUAAUUUACCAGAGAUACAUUGAGCUACAGUUCAUCGUGAUCAGAUGGCGGAUUCGUGACUAAUCUUCCAAAUAGUGAUACAUUCCAUAGAUAAAGGAAAUUGAAUAGUGGUUUCACAAGUUCGUCUAAUCAAAACUAUUGUUUCUACUAGAAAAGAAAAGAAAAAAAAAAGAGAGAGAGAGAGGUCGAAAUAGAAGAUAAAAACGAAAUUAACGAGGAAACAUCGAGAUAAGAUAGACGCGCGAGAAUUCAAGAACUCACCGAGUGAAUAAAUAACGAAUACACCCGGUAGAAACUAGAGAGAGAGAAAAAAAAAAUAGUAAUGAAAAAAAGGUAAUAAAAAAAAAAAAUAACGAAAAGUAAGAUAAAUCCUCGACCGUUCGCCAAGAAAAUAUACCGCACGAAUACCUUCCGAUCGGAGUUUCGCUCGUUUACAUACUUACAUACUU